AAAGGAAUAAUGUUGGAAAUAAAUAAGACUGCCAUUGGUAUAGCAGCUGGAGUGGCCGGGACAUUGUUUAUAGGAUACUGCAUUUAUUUUGAUAACAAACGACGCAGUGAUCCUGAUUACAAAAAAAAAGUUAGAGAGCGCAGACGAAAAAAUCGUAAGAAUGGAAACAAUGCCCGGAGUGGAUUGCCAAACCUUAAUGACCACGAAGCUAUUGAAAGGUAUUUCCUCCAGGAAAUCCAAAUGGGCGAAACUCUAAUUGCACGUGGAGAUUUUGAAAGUGGAGUCGAACAUUUGGCGAAUGCUUUGGUAGUUUGUGGUCAACCUGCCCGUUUAUUGCAAGUUUUACAAACGACUUUGCCAGCUCAAGUGUUUGCUAUGCUUAUAUUAAAAAUGCAGGAAUUCGGCAACAGAUCAAGUGGUGAAAAUAAUGAAGCUCCAAGGAUUGUAUCGGCCAACCAAUCCGAUAUGCAAUCCGCUGGAAUGGGCAGUUCGUCAGGAGGAGUUAUAAUUGAUGACUUAGAGUAG